ACAGCACCCAUGAACCCAAAACCAGGAAACGAAAAGCCGGAGUGAAAACAGAGGAAAGGGAAAACGUGUUAAAGUGUUAAUUUUUAUUCGCUUGAUUAGGGAUAAGACACAACGUCAAUCAGAAUGUGUAAGUUAGAAUAAAGAACCUUAAUGUCAAACUUUUGCAAGCUAUUUGGAAAACAUGAAUGCCGGUUUUGCAAUAGUUCUUGUUUUUGUUGGGUGCUGCAGUAACGUUGUAUUUUUGGAAUUACUUAUAAGAGAGUUUCCUGGAUGCGGCAACAUAGUGACAUUUGCUCAGUUUGCAUGUAUUGCUUUGGAGGGCUUUAUCUUCGAGGCAAACUUUGGACGAAAGAAACCAGCCAUCCCGAUAAGUAACUAUGUGAUCAUGGUGACCAUGUUCUUCACUGUCAGUGUGAUCAACAACUAUGCCCUCAACUUCAAUAUUUCCAUGCCAUUGCACAUGAUCUUUAGAUCUGGAUCUUUAAUAGCUAACAUGGUCCUGGGUAUAAUAAUUUUGAAGAAAAGGUACUCAACCAGUAAAUAUAUGUCCAUAGUCCUUGUGUCCAUGGGCAUCUUCAUUUGCACCAUUAUGUCUGCCAAACAAGUGAACGUAGGGAAUGAGGCCACAAACGAGGAUGGUUUUAAUGCCUUCCUACGCUGGCUUCUGGGUAUUGGCAUGUUGACCUUUGCACUUCUCAUGUCUGCAAGAAUGGGCAUAUUCCAAGAGACAUUGUACAAGCAGUAUGGCAAACAGCACUCGAAGGAAGCUCUCUUCUACAAUCAUUGCCUUCCUCUGCCUGGGUUCCUUCUCCUGUCUACAGACAUCUACAACCACGGUUUACUCUUCAGUCAAAGCAUUCCUGUAGAGGUCCCUGUGAUUGGACAAGCUGUACCAGUGAUGUGGAUAUACCUUCUGAUGAAUGUCAUAACACAAUACAUUUGCAUCCGUGGUGUGUUUAUCUUGACAACGGAGUGUGCUUCACUCACAGUGACACUGGUGGUGACUUUGAGAAAGUUCCUCAGCCUCAUCAUCUCCAUCCUGUACUUCAAUAACCCCUUCACUGUCUGGCACUGGGUGGGCACUGCAGUUGUGUUCCUGGGCACUCUGCUGUACACAGAUGUGUGGUCCAGCGUACGCACUGUCUUGCGUGGACCGGAGAAGAAGAUGAAGUGAUGUGCAACACUUAACAUCCCACACUUGAGAGUGCCUCUAUUCUGAUGUACUGUACAUGAAUCCGUGUGGAUCUGGGUGUUAUAUGGCCUGUUUAUCCCUCUGCUGUAGGCCUAGACUUUAGGUAGUGACAGUAUCAUGUUGCUUUUUAAGAGUCAUGUUUGUAAAUGCAUUUUUCCAUUGUUUACACUAGUGAUACCUUUCCACUAGAAUAACGUGCACUCCAUUGACUGAAAGCAAAAUUAACAAAGAUGUAUUUUGUUAGUUUGGUUUGUUAUGGGUGUGGAAUAUGUUUAAUUGUUGGAUAAGUAUUUGCUAUGAAGUUGUAAUGCACAGAAAAUUGUAAUUAUAGAGGUUAUACUGUUUGGAUGGAA